CAAAUUGACGAUGCCCAGUGACUCAACCCGGGUCAUCUCCAUUUCGGGUUGUGAAAAAUCUGGAACAAGGCAAUCCAUGAUAUAAAUACCAUGGUGCCCUAGCCGAAGGACCCUCUUCACUCUGUAACAACCAGUUUUUAAAAACCAAAAGAAAUUCAUAAUGUGCGAUACGAAUUGGUGCACCUUCUGUGAUAAGCAGAUCAGUCCCUUCUCGAGCUCUCUCUAUUGCUCAGAAGGUUGCCUGAGAUCGGAUGCCUUGAAUAACCACCCCAUGCUUGGUUACCAAUAUCCAGAGUUGCAAGACUUCCCACACAGCUCCACCUCACCUACACUGACGGCAGCGUCUUCAUCAUCUACCACAUCAUCACCAACCCUUUCACCUUACAUGAAGACCAUGUCCUACAGCCGUCUUUCACCUCCACCUUUCUCACUGGGCAUGUCAGCGAAUUCCAUCGACGCUAAACGCUCAUCUGACCUGGCCUACAAAUCCAGCAAGAAGAGGGUCUUUGCAUUAUAGAUGGAAACCUCCAACACCGUAAAACCAAAACAACCAAAUUGUAAAUAAUACCCUUCUCUUCACUCCUGUUGUGAGAGUGUGCGUGUGUUCAACCCCCCACUCCUUUCAGUGUUUUUUAAAGAAAAC